AUGAGUUGUUCGAGUACUCAUCACCAUCGGCAACAUCACCCUCAACAACCUCAACAGCAGCAGGCCGACAGUGAUGUUUUCGGUGCAGUAGUAGCGCCAUCAGCAACAGUACUGUGCUUCACUGAUAGCACCGGCAGCAACUAUCAGCCGGCACUGCCAAGUAGCCGCUUAUCAUCAUCCUGUGCGCUUCUCGCAGCCGAGUUUGACCGGUCGCAGCAAACCCCAGUGAUUGUAGCUCCUGGUAGCUCUGGACAUGUCCCGCUUCGUCCACCUUCUGUUGUUGUUCGCUCGCCGAGUGCCUCUAGUAGCACUAGUACUAGUAGUGUUUUUACUGCUGCAAAUCUCUACGAUUCGGCUGUAUCUCUGGCCGCUUCUGCUCCCUGUAUUACGGCGCAGAGUUGCUGCUAUCACCUCUCCGAUGAAUCCUGUACUGCAACUGCGCACUCGCCAAUCAUGCAGCCGUCAUGUUCAGCAAGUUCCACUCCAAGUUUCAUUUACCCAUCCAAUUUCUUCCAGCCAUAUUACGGCCUGUCACCAACGCUGAGCGAAUUCAAUGUAUUGCAGAUGUGCUGCCAACCCCUUUUCACCGAAGUGUGUUUUUUGUUCACCAUCUUUUAUAUUUGUUUUAAUGCGAGGGCGCCUUACAGUGUAGUUCGCAUGGUUAUCUUUAAUUCUCGGCCCGUCCGUCUGAUACACGCCUCAUGCUCAAUCGAUGCUGUACACUUCGGAAUGAGCUGCUUAAAAAAUGACGGUGUAAUAAACCGAACCCACGUAGCGAUGCACCAGACUUGGUGA